GAAUCCGCACCUUUUUUAUUUUCUCCACGCCGUUCCUGCCAUUCUUCCUCCUCCACCCACUCCUCCGCCGGUCACCAUCCACCGGUGUUAGAAAGAGAGGAAGAGGAAGCGAAGCGUUUCGUCUCGUCUCGUCUUGUCAUCGAACGUUAACGAUGGUUCCUUCGAGAAAAGAUGGUCUCGGCCGGGACGGGGACGAGGACUCGGAUCGGUCGCUGGACGGAGACGCCGCUGAGGGAUACAGGGAGAACGAGGGAUCCGGAUCGGCCGCGGCAGCAGAUCAUCCCCUGGGCCGCGGCGGCGUCGUCGUCGAGAGGCUGAGACGCCUCCUCCGGGGAGAAUCGGAUGGCGAUAUCUCCCACGAGGGCAGCGGCGGCGGGGAGGACGGGGUGCUGCAGUGGCUCCAUGCCCUGGAUCUGCAGGUUCUCGGCGCCUGCCGUGCGGUUGAGAGGUCAAAGCCUCUUCUCAAGCUUAACGUCUCCAGCGGCCCCGCUGAAGAACGUCUCCUAGCUCAGCUAAGCCAGCAUUUUGAAGCAUCGGAAGUGGGGAUGCUGGCGAGGUGCUUGUAUGUUCCUCUUGUUUCUGUUCGUGUAGGAAAGGUUAAGAAGCGAGGGAACAUUCUAUGCCCAACUGCUACAAGGGGACAGUUGAAUCUCAAUCUUUUGCCUUCAUCUAAUAUGCACAUUUCAUUCAUUGGGGAUGAUGGCUGUACAGAGAGACUUGCUGUUUUGAGUAAUGAAUUUGAUAGCUCUGAUGUGAUUAUCGAAGAAAUAUCAGCCGAUACCUCUGGUCGUUCCUUUCUGCUAAAGUUCCCUGGACAUCGGGCCUUGUACUAUUGGUGUUCUGAGAAGUCAAAGCUCCAUGGACUCGAGUUGCUUGCUAAGAUGAAAGAUCUACUGAGAAGGAAGCCUUCUUUAUCCAGUCUUACUGGGAUCUCUGUAUCACGCCUUGAUUCAUUUGCAACUCAUCUUCGGGCAUAUCUUCUUGGGUGCUCGAAUGCUGCCGAAGCUAAUUCAGCUGCUUCAUCACAUGGUUUACAUAGUGGUUCUACUACCAAUCAAACUGAAUGCCAUUCUUCUUCAUGUGCACUCUCCAAGUCGUCACGUUUGCGUGCUGUAGAAGCACAUAUAGGAAAGGUGCAUUCGCUCUGCCAGGGCAGUCUUAGUCCGAGAUUAAACACUUUCAAGGACGAGAUGCGAAGACCGUAUUCCUCUAUAAGAAGUGGGGCUAGGGAGAAAAUCAAGCGGCAUGGAGAUAUCCAUCAGAUCACAUUGACGAGAACCACUGAACUGGUUACUUCAGUUUCUGCUUCAUGUACUGCUACCACCAGCAAAUGUGAGGAUGACAAUUCAAGGAGCACUGCACCGAGUUCAACCCUAUCUUGUUGCUUGCCUGAUGUCUUACCUAUCCCUCUCUCGUCAUUCAGCCCCAUGUCAAUUCACCUUCCUCUUUCACAGACCGGAUCAAGUUCCUUGUAUUCUCCUUACUACUGCUGGUGUCCCCCUUGCCCAUCUUCAUUGCAGUAUGAAGUAGCCCCUUCACAUCUGUUAGCCACAUUUCCUGAAUCCAUAUCCCUGCCACCAUUGUCCUCGCUGCUGUCUGCAACUGCACCUGUAGUUACAUCUGUGCCAGCGAGACUAACCAUUGACGUUGCUGAGCUUCAAACUCUGACUCUCCCAAGUCUUGUCCCUGACCCACUAGUCCCUGCACCACUUUCUGUGUCGUCACUUACCUUGCCAUGUUCGCAACAACUUCCAAUUUUUACGCCUUUCAUGUCAGACCCCAUCGUGCACAUUCCACUCAUUGAUGUUUGUUCUUCUGGUCAGGGUUAUCUUGUCAGUGCUGGACCCGCUAUAUCUACAGUCAUUUCACCUUUGCUUCCAAACCUUGUCAAUCCUCUGAUUCCAAAGACAGAAUCUGUAGUGGAGAAAAAUGCCAGAGAAACACUUGAGAUGCUUUUGGCUUCAGCACCCAUUGCAUCAGGUCCACGGUUGAUGAAUGUUCUCCCUGCUGUUUUCAACAAUUUAAGUGAGAAUUUUACUUGUGACAGUAAGGUGAACAAUCAUUCUGCCAUUGCUGCUACCAGCAGUCAGUUCGAUGUAGAUACUAUUUUGACCGACUUAUCUUGCAAGGGUUUAUGUUCCCUAGAAAAAGGUGCUGUUCACGAAGUUGAUGAUAGUGUGAGAGGCAACAUGGAGGAGCAUAAUGAGAGUGAGGACUAUGAUUUGGCGACAAAAAGUUCCACACUUUAGAAGAAUGGAAUUGCACAGACUACUCGUUAAUCAGGCUUACCACUUGUUAAUCAGGAAUAUGUGAGCUUGUAAAUCUCUGAAGGGUGAGGUGUAGAGCUUGCAGGCUAUUAGAUUUGCCAGUUAUUGUUUUGUCUAAUCCACAAGGAAUGACUUCCGGCAGCAACAUGUAAUUAAUUUGUUGUAAUACUUUUUGCCCUUGGAGAUCAAUAUCGGUCUUUGAAA